AUGGAAGACCAAGAGGUGGUUAUAGAAGACCAACCGCCACCGGUGCAAGUUUCCGAGGACACAAGUGCUCACUAUGCAAACAACUUUGAGUGGAAACAUAAGAAAGAUGCAAAGAAGUGGGCUCAAGAACAAGGGUUCAAAAAGAUGUGCAUCAUAGUCCAGAAUAAACAAGUUACUCCCACUAGAUUUCAAAUGGUUUGCGAGUGUAGUGGAAAGUAUGAGAGCCAUUGGAAGAAGGGUAGUGAGUAUAAGCCAAAAACAACGAGGAAGAGGGGACGUUAUAAUACGAAGAAGUGCGGAUGUCCUAUUAAUCUUAAAUUUAAAUUUAACGAUGAUAAGAAAGUGUGGUAUAUGGAAAAAGUAGUCUCGGGUUAUCAUACUCAUCCUAUUCCGAAGAGUUUGAUCAACCAUCCUUAUUCGGCAAGGCUCAACCCUUUAGAAAAAGAGUUAGUACGCGUGUUAAGUAAAAUAUGUACAAGACAUAUUGAUAUUCUUAGUGGCGUGAAGGUGUUAAAUCCCUCGAACUCAUCCUCAUUGAAAACUAUCUAUAACGAAAUAGAAAAAUUUGGAAAUGAUUUAUGGAAAGAUAGGGUGCUUAUGCAACAAUUAUUAUUUUUGUUUGAGGAAGAAAAGUACUCUACCGCCCACGACACGAAUGACGAAGGUGAAGUGGAAUAUCUUUUCAUCGCGAAUCCGGAAUGUGUAGAAUUGACAAGAUGCUUCCAUCAAAUUCUCUUUAUGGAUUGCACGUAUAAAACGAACAAGUACAACAUGCCGAUAUUGAACUUUUUUGGGAAAACAUCUACCAAGUCGACAUUUACCAUUGCGUUUUGUUUCUUGAAAGACGAGUCGAAGGAAAGUUAUGAAUGGGCAUUGCAAAAGGUCAAGCUAUUGUAUCAAGAAGCCAUGAUUGAAUAUUUCAAACGUGAUCUUGAUAGAAUUAAAGGGGAAUUUGAAUGGAAACGAUCUAGAAGGCUUGUCGAUUACAGGGAGAACCCUUGGCUCCGGGGAUUAUAUUUAUGCGUUUACCAAAGGGCAAUCCUAAAAAUUAUGGAGCUAGUGGAGGCUUGGGAGAAUAAUGAUAUUCCACCGAGAAUUAGAUGCAUUUGUCUCAUCAAGACGGUUUUGGGCCUCCCAUGUAAGAAUAUGGUAGACAAUUACCCCACAAGGAUGAUUCCUAUCGAAGAUAUAGAUCCAUUUUGGAAACAACUAAUAUUCAGCGAUCCAUUGCCCAAUCAAGGUCUUGGGGAUGUGUUUUGCGACACAGACGCACACAAGGAACAUUUUGACAAGUAUACUUCUUUAUUACCGGCGCAAAGGCAACUUUGGUUGUAUGAAUUUCGGAAAUUCAAUCGUCCUUUCACUAGAGAUGAUAUUUUUGAACCUUCCAAGGUGAAGGGAAAGGGUAGGCCUUCGAACAAAAAAACGAGGACAUUUGAAAGGGCACAAGCUAAGAGAAUGGUUCAAUAG